UGCAGAGAAAGGGCUCGCUUACCAUCACGGCUUUUGCAUUCAUUUCAUUUACUGUUCUUUUCUGCAAACACAAGAGAUACAAAUUUACAAAUUACAAACCGAACCAAAAUAGUACGUAUAACUCUUCUUCAUUUACUACAUUACAUACACGCACACCCUACUGAGACUGACCACACCCCAACCCACUUUCCCCCCUCUCACAGUUCACAGCUCAUAGCGAUGGAAGACAAUGAAAGCCCACAUGAUCGUCUUUGAUGACUCAUUCCAACCAAACAUUUUUUUUAUAGUAUUUUUCCGAAUUGCGUAACCCACGUAAUCUCUCUCUUUCGAUAUGGGCUGCUAAUUUUGGUGUUUGUAGGCAUUUCAUUUCCUGCUUAUUUUUCUUUUAUCUACACGGAAAUCCUGGAAGAAGAACAGAGUGAUAUCAGAACCUGAAUUUAGGCGAAGGGGAAAGAAAGAUCUAUUUAUAUAUGAAUGAUGGGUUGAGCUUUUAUUAUUCAUAAAGGGCUUUCACUUCUAUUGAUUGUGAGAGAUUAAACAAUACAGAACAGAGGCAUUAUGAAGGCUUUUGGGACAUUGGUUCUGCUUCUGGUAACAUUGGUGGCUUUUGUGUGCAUUGCUUUCUAUAUUGAAGACAGAAUCGCCUCUUCUGAUCCGGGUAUGAGUUUUUUUACAGUCCUUUGCUUUCUCAGGUAGUGUCUUUAAAAGCUGAUAUUGGUGGUGUUUUCCACUGUAUGUAAAAUUUAGAUGACGAUUUCAAUGUCUUCUAAUCCAAAACUAGGCCAAAAUGGCCCUCUUCUUCCGCAAAAUUGAAGACUUCGUCUACUUACAAUAGUAUCGAGUAUCGAACUAAUCUAGGUUUGGAGCAAUUCUGUGUUGCAGCUUGCGGAAAAGGACCUGAUUUUGCAAGUUUAUUUAUUCCUAAGCUAAAUAAACUAGCUAUAAUUAUCAUUUUAUUCAACUCAUCUUUAUAGCUCAUACAAUAUCAGGUGUGUAUUGGAUAUUCAGAUCAUUUAUUUAAUUAUUUCUUGAAAGUUUCAUCUUGGAAGAAUUGGAAACAAUCUUGGCCUUUAAUGGGUCCAGGUGUAUUGGGGAAAACCAUAUUAGAUCUUAGUACUUUUAAGCAAUGAGUAUGCAACUUCCAAUGUAUCGGGACUUCACUACAAUCAAUUUUCUUUUCCUCAGUCGUCAAUGAAUUGACUGACCUAAAUAGUAAAUACCAUCCACUUUCUUUUGCUUUUCCUUUUCAAAUGUUUGAAAAUCCUGAGAUUCUGCAACAUAGAUAUGUAAACAUAGUCAGCCCUGUUAAAGGAGAAUGAUCUACAAACUUGUAACCACUGUGUUCAGUAUAUGUUGUACUUACUCGUCCCAAAAUGAUUGUCUGACCAGUUUGUUGUAUUAUUGUAGUAUAACAAACGUGACAAUUAGUUUUGGGCAAAUCUGUAAUGGAGUAAGAGUUCUGUUAUGAACUCCCAGUUUAUUUCAGGUACUGAUGGUAUACAUAAUCUGAUGAUGAAUCUCACAGGUUUGGUUCUCGAACAACAUGAUGGAAGUUAUGCUACAGGAACUCUGAAGAAUAGGAAGUUAAAGGAACACAGGGCAACAGGCAAGGCCGCACCAGGUCAUGAUGAACUCGAAGAUUACCGCCCCAUCGAUCCAGUUCCGAGUUCAAAAGCUUCCAUUAGACCUGGACCUAUCCAGCAUGGUACUCCACUCAUGCCUUAUAUACCCAAGCCCUCUCCUCCCCCUGGUCACUCCAAACACAUCGGCUUCCCUUAAAUAAUGCUUCAGGGCUCCCCUGUUUCCUGAUUGUUCGAUACUUCGAUCCGUGAAGUAGGAAAUCUGUACUAAUAAGCCUAGGCAUGUGGGAUUUUUUGCACCUGCCUUUUCUACCAUGUAACAUGUUUUUGUCUCUCGAGCGUUUUUCAGUUGUGUUAUGUAAUUUGAUCGUCUACGUUUUGUAACAGAUGUUUGUUUUAUGUUGUAUUGUAUCACUAAUAUGAAUGUUAGAUAGUGAAUUACUACUAUAUAAACUCUUCCCACUUCGCUUACUAUUAGUUUCUUCUUAUAGACUCUGUACCUCUGAUCAGUUCUUCACUUCUAGAAUACUAAGACAAAGCAGCAAAC